UGGAAUCUGUGCUUGCAUGUUUGAGUCUUCAGCAUCUGUAUGUUUCUUCCUGUAAGUGCACAGCAGGUUAAUUUGAGAAGAGCUAAAAUGAUAUUAAUCCUUUUUUUCCUCGUGCUCCUUUAUUGUUCAACCCAGACAUCAGGCGUCAGCAUCCAGAUCCACCCAAACAACACUAAUGUCAUUCUGACAGAGCUGAACAAAACUGUGUCUCUAACUUGUGAGUCAGACGGUGUCGCUGAAGGUGACAAUACUCUGGUGUGGCUGAGAAAUAAUGCAAAGAUUAAUCUGAAGGAAGAAAACAAGAAGGGUCGCAGCACUGUGUGCAUCACUCCUGUCAAGGAAGACAACGGAGCCACUUUCUCUUGUUACCUCCACAGCAAUGACUCAGUCAAGGCCUCUGUCACCCUGAACGUCACAUAUCACCCGCAGCUCUCCGGCUCGGAGAAUGUCACAUUCGAAAUAGACGAAACACUGGUCCUGCAGUGUGACAUGAGGGCCAAUCCAUUACUUUUGUCGAUGUCGUGGACACUAAACGGAACCACGGUGGAUCUAAUGGCGGGGGGCUUAAGUGUGACCAACGACGGCGUUACAAGCGUGCUGCGAGCCAGCAAGGUGGUGAGAAAGCUGCAUGAAGGCACGUACGAGUGCACAGCAACCUCUCCCGUUUAUAACUCCAGCAGCAAGGUUUUCAACGUCAUUGUGACAGAAAAGACCCUGAAGUUCCCACUGAUGCCGCUGAUAGCGGGGGUGGUGGUGGUGUUCGUCACCACUCUUCUGGCCGUAGUUUCACGAUGGAAGAAAAUCAUAAAGUGCUGCAAGUAAAAGAAGCUGCAAUGUGACCAAGUGUUUAAAAGAUCAUGAAUACCCAUUUAUGAAGCUUAGUAAUUUAAUUUAUUUAGCAUUUUAAACUUUACUGGCACUAAUAAACUAAUGGCAGACAGUAGUGUAAACUAACCAGYAUGUCCCCAGAACCUUGUAAAAUUUGCACUGAGCACAUCUGCCAGGGAGUUUAAAUGUGCAGCUGGGUUAUUUUAUUGAAAUAUGAACGAAUGUAGCCCAGAUUUUUUUUUCAUUUGUUGUCUCAUUCAGACUUUAACUUUAAACAGUUUAGUCAUGUUGACUCUCCUGUUCACAGUGAUAUUUAUUUGACUGAUUAAAAAUAAAAAAAGAUUUUAUGAAUUUCGCAGAAUGAAGUUUAUCACUUAACCCACAUGAUGUUGAGUCAAUAAAGUUUUUAUUUUUAUGUUUUUUUACUCCAAAGACAUUUUAAAUUAUGAUACAUUUAUGAUACAUUUAACACAAUGUUGUUUUUUAAUUGUUAUGAUAAAUAUAAAUGUAUAUUUCAGUGUUA